GUCGCGAGGCGCGAGAGUUACUUCUGCGGGACGUAUAUCUUUAUCGUCCUUUUACCCGCGUAGGAACUUUAGUUUGCGUGGCUCUCUUCGUACGCACGGAUCCCCCGGUCGCACUUACGUUAUACGCCGCGGCUCCGCCUACACCUUGGAUAACUCGCGCACUAAGCGACGGAGAGGCCGCCCUGGAUGGGGACGGGUAGAACGGGUCCACCACGUCCGUCUCAACUGAUUCUCUUCGCUUCCCAGCGGUGGCAACCGCCCGAUAUUUUACUGUCUCGACUGUCCGUUGUGCGGAGUUAAUAGACUGCCUCUGCACAACGAGUGUACGAAUUCCUAGACCCCGGCGAGGACUGGGGUGGUCGAAAUGACCCGGUUAGGAUUGCGAGUCCUCGCGUCCGUAGCUUGCUUGACAGUUAUCGUCAAAGGGCAAAAUUACACGAACACGUUACGAGAGCCUCAGCCAGUAGUCCCAGUGACUCGAGGCGAUAUAGGAAAACCUGAUGAUUACGACGACGGAUACUAUGGAAAUUACGAUGCUGAUGGACGUCCGAUUGAUCCAGUUGACGAAGAUGCGAAUGACUGGGAUGAUCGAUUGUCGCCAAAUCUGACGACCGGAGGAACCUUUUACAAUUACAGAAAUACUGGUCGAGACGGUUCUCGCAGCAGCAGUCGUUUAUAUGGGAAUGAUUACGGCAGGGGUGGAAGUGCAGGAGGUUACUACUACAAUAGCAGCACUACAAGAAGUGGGGGAAAUCCUUACUCAUCAACCUACGAUACGUCCAGUGGGUACGGUGCUGAAGGCGGCGCCACUGAUCCUCGUGGCUCAUCCUACGUUUAUGGUAGCGGAGGUCCAUCCGGAGGCUCAACUUCCAACAGUCGGUCUGGCUCUGCGGUCGAUGGUGGUGCUGGAGGCGGAGGAGCAGGGCGUUCACCUUACUAUGGACGGAGCAAUCCGUACUACGAAAGCCGUGGUGCAGACAGAAGAUACCCUUACGGAAGUUCAAAUUCCGGGUCUCAACCCAGUGGAACUCCCAACAGCGUAGGAUCAGCAGGUUCUUCCACCGAUAAAGAAAAUGAUCCGUACUACGCAAGCCGUGGUGCAGACAGAAGAUACCCUUACGGAAAUUCAAAUUCCGGGUCUCAACCCAGUGGAACUCCCAACAGCGUAGGAUCAGCAGGUUCUUCCACCGAUAGAGAAAAUGAUCCGUACUACGCAAGUCGGGGUCGAGACAGAAAUUACCCUUACGGAAGUUCAAGGUCCAGGUAUCAACCGAGUGGAACUCCGAUUAGCGUAGCAACAGGAAGCACAACUACCGAUAGACAAAACGAUCCGUACUACGGAAGGAGAGGAGGCGAAGGAAGCGACUCUUCCGUAGGUUCGAAUUCUGGGUCCCGGCCUGCAGUAUCUGUAGACUCGGCAACAUUAGGAACAUCGUCAACUGGUGGACGCAAUGACCCAUAUUAUGGUCGCGGGGUUGGAGGACGAACAUCUGGAGGAGAAGGUGGAGAUGGUUCAGUGGGAAAUCGGGGAUCUGGAGGCGACAACUACGCCAACAGAGUUGAUGAUGGUUACGGUAACUAUGGACGACGAGACGACGGAGAUACGAAUUAUCCAAGUAGCUACGUUGCAGUUCCUAUACCCGGUGCAGCCAAGAAUUGUACAUCAGGCUCUGGAUGCUGCGUUCCCAAGUGCUUUGCUGAAAAAGGAUCACGUGGAGCACCAGGUAUACUUGGUCCAGUGGGACCCAAGGGUCAGCGAGGUUUUCCUGGUCCGGAAGGACUGCUUGGACCUAAGGGUUCGAAAGGAGAUCCGGGUCCGCAGGGACUUCGUGGACCAAAGGGAGAUCGAGGUAGAAUGGGAGUUCCCGGACAUCCUGGUGUCAAUGGUCGACACGGAGUUCAAGGAGCCCCAGGAGCGGCUGGACUGCCAGGUCGCGAUGGUUGCAAUGGAACUGACGGAUUCCCUGGUGUUGACGGUCGACCCGGUGAACCUGGACCUCGUGGUUUCAAAGGAACGCCUGGUCCCAAGGGUGAAAAGGGUAUUGCAGCUUACGCAGGAUCAUUCCCGGUAGGGCAGAAGGGAGAGCCAGGUAUUGAUGGAGUUCCUGGGCCUCAAGGUCUGCCAGGUCCUGAAGGAACCCCCGGAUUUCCGGGGCCAAAGGGUGAUACAGGACCAGUGGGACCUGAAGGACCUCGAGGACCUAAGGGUGAGAAGGGAGCUAUGGGACUUGGAUUCGAGGGUCCGAAGGGAGACAAGGGAACUAAAGGUGAAAGGGGGCCACCAGGGGUUGUGAAUAGCGAACCCUUCACGGACAACAAAGGAACCACUGGGCCACAGGGAGCACCUGGAGAUAGGGGACAGAAGGGAGAACCUGGACCGGAAGGCGAAAGAGGUGAACAAGGGUAUACUGGAGACGCUGGGCUACCGGGACGAGACGGUGCCAAAGGAGAAAAGGGACUUCCCGGUCCAGCUGGUGAUCGUGGUAGAGAAGGACAUUCUGGACUUCCUGGACCUCAAGGGCAAAAAGGUGACCGAGGUGAUGACGGACUAGAAGGACUCUCCGGACGCCCAGGUGCUAAAGGAGAGCCUGGGCUUAAAGGUCCUCGCGGAUUUCCGGGAAUGGUUGGACCUGCAGGACCUCCUGGAGGUGGCCAAGGCGUCGCUGGACCGCGAGGCGAACCAGGACCGAGAGGGUUCCCUGGACCAACUGGACCCAAAGGAUUAGACGGUUUUCCUGGACAACCUGGGUCUAGGGGACCUCAAGGUCCCAGUGGUGGCCUUGGAUUGCCUGGUACCCCAGGUCGUGAAGGAUCGCCGGGAGAAAAAGGAGCUAAGGGUAAUGCGGGGCUGGACGGUGCUCCCGGAGAAAUUGGCCCGAGGGGUUACGACGGGCCACAAGGACCUGCUGGGCCUCGUGGUAUCGCUGGUGAAAACGGAAUUUCUAUCCCUGGACCUAAAGGGGCGGACGGUAUUUCUGGAAGAGAUGGUGCACCAGGUCAAAAGGGUGAACCUGGGCAAAUGGGUCCUAGCGGAAUCCCCGGAGACUCUUUAAUGGGCAUCCCCGGAGCACCUGGAGAAGCUGGUUUUCCAGGAGCGCCAGGUAACCCUGGUCGAGAUGGACCUGCUGGAAUUCAUGGUGAACCAGGGCAGAAGGGAGAUAUUGGAGGUCAAUGUUCAGACUGCAGACCUGGUGCAGCAGGAGAAAAAGGUGACCAUGGAUAUGAUGGAUUACCAGGUGCUGCGGGACUUCGUGGUCCUCCAGGAGAACGUGGAUACACAGGCGCGAGAGGCGCUGACGGAUCGCCAGGACCCGCUGGUCUUCAGGGAGAUAAGGGAGAGGACGGUAUCGAUGGGGUACCGGGUCCUCAGGGAGAAAAGGGUGCUGCAGCUAUAGUAUCAGGCAGCCAAUUGAUUAUGGAAAAGGGUGAUAGAGGAGAAAGAGGCACUCCAGGUGACCGUGGUCCGCAAGGACUACCUGGACCAUCCGGAGAGAAGGGCAGUUUAGGUUAUGCAGGUUUUCCAGGAGCGAAAGGAGCCAAGGGUGACCGAGGAUACCCUGGUAUGGAUGGAACUAAUGGAAGGCCCGGAGCACCAGGAGCUAAGGGAGAGCCAGGUCUCAGCGUUAAGGGAGAGCGAGGAAUUCCUGGCCAAUAUGGAACUAAAGGAACUAAAGGAUUACCCGGUCUAGACGGUCCUCCGGGACAACCAGGUAAAUGUCCACUUUCGGAAUACAAAAACGCACCCAAGGGUGACCCAGGGUUGCCAGGACUGAAGGGUGAAUCUGGGAUAACAGGAUUAGACGGACCACCGGGUGAACGAGGAUAUCCAGGUCGUGAAGGACCUGCAGGACCUCCAGGAGCUAUUGGACCUCCCGGACCCCCUGGCCCUCGUGGUUUAGUGGGUCUACGUGGGGACAAAGGAGAGCCGGGUCCGAUGGGAUUCGAGGGAGAACCGGGACGUGACGGUCAGCGAGGAUAUCCUGGAUUGCCAGCUGCUAAAGGAGACAAGGGAGAGGCUGGUAUUCCCAUGAAGGGGAACCCCGGUCCUGUUGGUCCUGAAGGAAAAAAAGGUGAACGUGGUUUACCCGGACCACCGGGUAAAGAUGGACGAGAAGGAAGCUCAGGACUGCCAGGUUUUAAUGGAGAAAAGGGAAACAUGGGAAUGCCGGGAUUGGAUGGACUUCCAGGAGCACCGGGAGAAAAGGGAAACACUGGUCCAAUUGGUCCCCCUGGACCAAAUGGAAUCGCUGGAACGCCAGGUGCUGAUGGGCCAAAAGGAGAGCCGGGCUUGGUUGGAGAACCUGGGAAAGACGGAGUUUCUGGAUUCCCCGGUAACAAGGGUGAAAGGGGAUCCACGGGCGAGACAGGCCCUAAAGGUUACCCAGGACGCCGCGGUGCGCCGGGAUCACCGGGACUCCCAGGAGCCAAUGGAUUACCUGGUGCUAAGGGAGACGCCGGAUUUCAAGGUCUUGAAGGUUUUCCUGGUAAUCCGGGUCUGGAUGGAAUUCCUGGAUUACCCGGCAAACCUGGCGAAAAGGGAGAUACUGGAUUCCAAGGUAUUGAGGGAAUACCUGGUCUUAUCGGAACCAAAGGAACAAAGGGAGAUCGGGGCUUCCCCGGUGUUGACGGUUCGAAAGGAGAGCCGGGUGCAGUUUCAGAAAAAGGACAGAAGGGUGAUACUGGAAUGUCUGGGAUUAGAGGACCUCCAGGACCACGGGGACGCGAUGGAAUUGAUGGGGUUAAGGGUGAGCCUGGUAGACCUGGAAUGGGUCGUGAUGGUUUGCCUGGUCUCAAAGGAAAUCGUGGGUCUCCUGGUAAAGACGGUUUCCCGGGAUUGCCAGGCGAAAAGGGUUUUACAGGCGUCAUAGGACUGCCAGGUUCCAAGGGCGAUGUGGGUUCCCCUGGACAACCUGGAUUACCGGGAAGAAACGGGAUAGAUGGAAUUCCUGGACUAGAUGGGGACCAAGGCCCAAUAGGAUUAAGUGGUUACCCUGGACCGAAGGGAGAAAAAGGUUAUUCCGGAAUAAAUGGUCUCGACGGUCUCAAGGGAGAAGCUGGCCCUGAAGGCAUCACUGGACCCCCUGGUUUAAUGGGAGAAGUAGGAGCAAAGGGUGACCGAGGACCUACAGGACCUCAGAUGACGGUAAAGGGAGAGAAGGGAAAACCAGGACUACAAGGUUACGAUGGCAAUAAUGGAGAGAAGGGAAAUGAAGGUGCCCCUGGCUUCGACGGCCGAGAAGGAGAGAAAGGUGACCAGGGACCUCCAGGGCCCAUGGGUAUUCCUGGAACUCCGGGCUACGCGGGCGAAAAAGGUGACACUGGGCCAAUGGGACCCGUUGGACGCGUCGGAUUAACUAUCAAGGGAGAGAAGGGGCUUCAUGGCUUGCCGGGUAAGAACGGACGUAAUGGGAUCCCGGGCACACCCGGAGAAAAGGGAAACCCUGGUAUUCAGGGUCUAGAGGGAAGGCCAGGAAACCCAGGACCUCCUGGACCAAUCGGUCCCCAAGGACAAAAGGGAGACACCGGUCCGGUCGGUUUGGACGGUAUUCCAGGAGCCCUCGGAGCCCAAGGACAGCCUGGGCCAACUGGACCACCCGGAGCAAGAGGAGACAAGGGAGACACUGGUCCCCCCGGAGCAUACGGAGCACCUGGAGAGAAGGGAGAUCAAGGAUUCCAAGGUCAACCUGGAUUCGACGGACCGCCAGGAGAAAAGGGAGAUAAGGGAUACGACGGAUUCGACGGUGCUCCCGGUGCUCAAGGUGAAAAGGGAGACAAAGGAUUCCAAGGAUUACCUGGAGAACCUGGAGUAGCUGGCUAUAUCGGUAUCAAGGGAGAAAGAGGUGAUGAUUGUAUCCAGCCUCCACCAGGCCCCAAGGGAGAACGAGGCCCUCCAGGUAUAAACGGAAUGAUUGGACCAAAGGGAGAAAAGGGAGUACCAGGACCAGUUGGAUUCCCAGGAAUAAACGGAGAGAAGGGAAGUGCAGGUUUGAACGGUUUUGAAGGUCCUGUUGGACCACCAGGGUUACCCGGACCUCCCGGCGCGCCAGGAAUACAAGGAGUUCAGGGUCCCAUUGGAUAUCCGGGACCGAAAGGAAAUCAAGGAGCGGCCUGUCAAGCUACGCCCGAUUAUCUAACUGGAAUCCUCAUUGUCAGGCACAGUCAAAAUUCUACGGUACCUACCUGCGAGCCAGGACACGUCAAGCUGUGGGACGGAUACAGUCUUCUAUACCUCGAUGGAAACGAGAGAGCGCAUUCACAGGAUCUAGGCUCCGCCGGUUCCUGCAUAAAGAAAUUCUCAACGAUGCCGUUCCUGUUCUGCGACUUCAACAACGUUUGCAACUACGGUAGCCGUAACGAUCGUUCUUACUGGCUGUCGACAAACAGCCCUCUGCCGAUGAUGCCUGUCGAGGAAGGUGCCAUCGAAUCAUACAUCUCUAGGUGCGUCGUAUGUGAGGCUCCAGCCAACGUGAUCGCGGUGCACAGUCAAUCUCUAAGUAUUCCAGAGUGUCCCAACGGAUGGACUGGCCUUUGGUUCGGUUACAGUUUCAUAAUGCAUACCGGAGCCGGAGCACAAGGUGGAGGACAAUCGUUAGCUAGUCCAGGUUCAUGUCUCGAAGAUUUCCGCGCAACACCGUUCAUCGAGUGUAACGGGGCGAGAGGUACUUGUCACUACUUUGCUAAUGAGUUUAGUUACUGGAUGGCGACAAUCGAGGACAUCGCACAGUUCCAGCGACCAGAGAGGCAGACCUUGAAGGCGGGUAAUCUACGUACGCGAAUAAGUCGUUGCAAAGUGUGUAUAAAGAAUACGUAAAAUUUGAAAAUAUAUAUAUAUUAAACGAUGAUAAUAAUAUUACCAUAAAGAGAGAAAUAUGUUAAAUUACAUUAUUAUACGAUCUUUCUUGAGAAGAAAAAGAAAAUUAACUCACAAAUACAAGAUACGACAGGAAGAUCAAAUGCAAAAAGCCGUCUAACAUAUUAAUGAAAUUUCAUUUUUCUUCAAUCUUCUCCGCUUACAAAAAUCGAGAGUAUAUAUAACAGAUAAAUAUGAUACAAUUACGGUCAAAAAAGAGUAUAAAUAAGUUUUAUGUUAUAAUAAUGAAAAUAAUAAUAUAUGUUUUAUAGAAGACGAGAGAGAUUUGUUGUUUCUUUUUGGAAAAAAAAAUUUUUAUUCCAAUUUUCUGCCCUUUCAUAUCCUGCGAUGCUCUUUUUUGACGAUUAUACAUUACCAAUUGACCAUUCACCAGGUGCCUAGGCUACUUCUAGCAUGUAAAAUAAUAUAUAUACAUAAAUAUGUAUAUGUAUAUAUAUAUAUAUAUAUAUAUAUAUAUAUAUAUAUAUAUAUACACACACACACACACUAUACAAAUAUACAUAUAUAUUUAUAUAUCAUAAUAAUAUACAAAAAAGUUUAAGUUUAUUUUACUGUUAUAAUAUGCUACUACUAUUACUACGGAGCACUGCCCAUAUCCAAUAUGGCUAUUCGCAUAUUGUAUAAUAAUGAUUAAUUACUUAGCUUGGUAAUAAUGUGACACCAAAUAUUUAAAUAGGUAUUUUGCUACGUAAUCAAUAAACUUGUACGUUUUAGAUU